GCAAGCUAUCAAGAUAAGCCAAAGUGGUUCUAGUAGUGGAAAUGGUGGCUCGGAUUCCGAGUUACUUGGUGCCAACGUGGGCCAUGUUAACCAGGUGGGUUUGCGGGUCGGUACGCUGGUCUCGGCAUUUGGGUCGGUUUUCGGAUGCGGGUUCUUGAUGAUGGCCUUGGUGGACUUGGUUCAGAUCAAGCUGGGGAGGUUGAGUUGUGGGGAUUUGUAUACUUUCGCUGCCAUUGGUCCUUUGGUGACUUUGGUUCCUUUGGCUCUUGUGAUCUAUGUUUUUCUUGUGCUUCAUGCCUUUACUCGUUGAGAUCUCCUUCUUCAAUGGCAAAGGAUCCAGUUGCUGGAUUUAGCUUCCGCCGUCUUUGCUCCAUUGUCUCGGUGCUGUGUGCAUGGUCCUCUAUCUCAUUCAUUUACUGGUGCCAUCGGUAUGGUCCCUGCUAUUCUCUGUACCAAAAAAUGGAGCAGAAGCAAAGCCAGAUCAGUGAACUUCUUUCAUUCCCUUCUGCCUGGAAUCAGCUCGCUUUUUCCUCGAAUCCACCCCCAAAACUCCUCAAAAUUGCUCUAUUCGUCAAGAAAUGGCCUCAUAGAUCUCAAGCAGGAGGGCUUGAACGCCAUGCUUUGACCCUCCACCUUGCACUUGCCAAAAGAGGUCAUGAACUUCACAUCUUCACCACUUCUCCUUCAAAUUCCUCCUUCCCAAGGUACCCAUUGAACAAUUUAUGCUUUCACCUCUCAAAACCAACAGCUUCUGGGUAUCUGGACCAAGCUCUAGUUUGGAAGCUAUUUCAAACUCAAAGCUCAACUGGAAGACCUUUUGAUGUGAUACACACAGAAAGUGUCGGUCUCUUGCAUACUCGAUCACGCAAUCAGACGAAUCUGGCUGUUACUUGGCAUGGGAUUGCAUAUGAAACUAUCCAUUCUGACAUCAUACAAGAACUUCUUCGGAGCCCUGAAGAACCACAGGGGUAUGCAUUGGCUGAAAGAGUUACCAAGGUUGUCGAAGAGGUGAGGUUCUUCCCCAGUUACGCUCACCAUGUUGCUACCAGUGACCAUGUCGGCGAUGUACUUAAGAGGAUUUACAUGAUCCCAGAUGAACGUGUACAUAUUAUUCUUAAUGGUGUUGAUGAGGAGGUUUUCAAGCCAGACAUUGUCAAAGGGAAGGUUUUCAAGAAAAAGUUUGGGGUGCCUGAAUCUAAGACGUUGGUUUUAGGAAUGGCUGGGAGGUUGGUGAAGGAUAAAGGACAUCCGCUCAUGUUUGAGGCUUUGAAACAAAUGCUCAGUGAAAAUGAAGCAUUCAGGCAGAGUGUUGUCGUUCUAGUUGCUGGCAAUGGUCCUUGGGGAGCUAGGUACAGAGAUCUUGGAUCUAAUGUACUUGUUUUAGGGCCACUAGAACAAGCUCAGCUUGCUGACUUCUACAAUGCAAUAGAUAUAUUCGUGAACCCAACUCUUCGUGCUCAGGGAUUGGAUCAUACUUUGUUGGAAGCAAUGCUCUCUGGUAAGCCAGUAAUGGCAACAAGACUUGCAAGCAUUACAGGCUCUGUGGUUGUUGGAAGAGAAGUCGGUUAUACAUUUUCACCGACAAUAGCUUCAUUAAAGAAGACCCUCUAUAGAGUUUGGGAUGAUGGCAGAGGAGAUCUAAAGCAGAAAGGUCAGGCAGCAAAGCAAAGAGGCUUGCAAUUGUUCACUGCUACCAAAAUGGCAGCUGCUUAUGAAAGGCUAUUCCUUUGUUUAUCCAAUGACGAAAAAAAUGGGGAAAAUUUCUGUCAAUAUCAAACUCCAUUACACUAAUUUAGUGGUCGUUCAGAGCUAUCGUUU